GAUUGAUCCUUCCCCAGCCUCCCAGCGUGAUGCCAGCAAGAGGCUGAAAGGAAACCCAGCACUCUGCAGAGAAGUACCUUUUCUUCCUGGCCCCCACAUCGGCAGCUGAUCCCAGGGGCCCGGAGGAUGGAGCCAGGCUUGCUGAUGUGGGGAUUCUUCGUAUUCAUCGUUGUACCUGGCUGCGUGACAGAUGUUUGUCCUGAAGACCCACCGAGUCUCAGAGACGCCACGUUCAAGGUCCUCAGGUAUGAGGUGGGCACCAUCAUAAACUGUGACUGCAAGAAAGGCUUCCGCAGAAGGUCGCCCUUCAUGCGCUGCACAAGAAACUCCAGCCACUCUGCCUGGGAAAACAGAUGCCACUGCGACAGCACCUCCUCCCCUAAGACCCCAGGAAAACAAGUUACUCCUGGACUCAAAGAACAGAAUGAAGAAAAAACCACAGAAAUGCAGAGCCAAAUGCAGCCCACAGACCAAGCUAACCUUCCAGGUCACUGCAAGGAGCCUCCACCAUGGGAACAUGAACAUGAACCUUUGAAGAGAAUUUACCAUUUCAUGGCGGGGCAGAUAGUUUACUACCAGUGCACUCAGGGAUUCAGGGCCCUACAGCGAGGCCCUACCAAGAGCACCUGCAAGAUGAUCUAUGGGAACAUGAGGUGGACCCGGCCCAAGCUUGAGUGCAUAAGUGAAAGGGAGAACAGUCAGUUUCCAGGUGAAGAAGAGCCUCAGGAGAGCACGGAUGCUCCCCCUGGCAGUGAAACUCCUUUUCCCUUAACAACGAGGAUGGCAGGUACCACAGAUUUCCAAACACCCACAGAAGUGGCUGCGACCAUGGAUAUGUUCAUAUUUACAACCAAGUAUCAGAUCGCAGUGGCCAGCUGCAUCCUGCUGCUCAUCAGCAUCCUCCUCCUGAGCGGCCUCACCUGGCAGCAGAGAUGGAAGAAGAAUAGAAGGACAAUCUAGAAAACCAAGGGCAGGAAGAAAC